ACCCGGUAGGCUCUGCCGUGCGGAAGUGCUGGAAGCGGAAGUUGCUGGGAGGUGGGGGGAGUUGUCGGGAGUAUGUUGGGUUAUCUUCUCGCCUCUUGAGUUCGUGCGGUCGCCGCUAGAACAGGUAAAGCGCGGUUGUGAAAACUCGCCAGUCCUGCUGAGCCAGCUCAAACCGGAUCUCGGCCCGGAACCCUAGCCCAAGCGGUGCGGUACCCCAUGCUCUGACUCUUAGGAUCGUUGUGACCCCCUGAUUCCGGGAGUUCCCCUGUCUCUUCCCUGGAUUGAGGUCCGGUCCGGCUUCCCGGUAUCCCCGCAGACUCCCGCCAUGGGCAACACUAGCAGCGAGCGCGCCGCGCUGGAGCGGCAGAGCGGCCAUAAGACGCCCCGAAGGGACAGCUCGGGGGGCGCUAAGGAUGGGGACAGGCCCAAGAUCCUGAUGGACAGCCCCGAAGACGCCGACCUCUUCCACUCCGAGGACAUCAAGGCUCCAGAGAAGGAGGAAUUCCUGGCCUGGCAGCAGGAUCUGGAAGUGAACGAUAAAGCUCCCGCCCAGGCUCGGCCAACUGUAUUUCGAUGGACGGGGGGCGGAAAGGAAGUGUAUUUAUCUGGGUCCUUCAACAACUGGAGUAAACUUCCCCUCACGAGAAGCCACAAUAACUUCGUUGCCAUCUUGGACCUGCCGGAAGGAGAGCAUCAGUAUAAGUUCUUCGUGGAUGGUCAGUGGACACACGACCCUUCCGAGCCAGUAGUAACCAGCCAGCUUGGCACAGUUAACAACAUCAUUCAAGUGAAGAAAACCGACUUUGAAGUAUUUGACGCAUUAAUGGUGGAUUCCCAAAAGUGCUCCGAUGUGUCUGAACUGUCCAGUUCUCCACCAGGACCCUACCAUCAGGAGCCCUACGUCUCAAAACCAGAAGAGCGGAUUAAAGCGCCACCCAUUCUCCCCCCGCAUCUGCUCCAGGUCAUCCUGAACAAGGACACGGGGAUUUCUUGCGAUCCGGCAUUGCUCCCUGAGCCCAACCACGUCAUGCUGAACCACCUGUAUGCGCUUUCUAUCAAGGAUGGAGUGAUGGUGCUCAGCGCAACCCACCGGUACAAGAAAAAGUAUGUCACCACCUUGUUAUACAAGCCCAUAUGAAGACCUGGGAGCCAGCAGUGGGCGCCAGGGGACAAUUUGCACCACCAGGUUUGUUCCAGGCACAGCAGCUCCUGAAGCUCCUUGGUCUGUAAUGGGCAUCUCAACACGCAGUGACCAAGAAUGCAGUUCGGAAACAGCAGGUGUGCAGCCCCACCGCCGGACCUGAGGACGGGUGCAGCUCGAAAUAUACAUCUGUUGAACUGGUCCUGGAGAUUCUUCUUAAGCCAAAAAUAAACACUAGCCAUCUUGCUAGUAAAAAUCUGGAAAGCAGGGACCGAGGCCACACAAAAGUUCUAAUCGUUAUGUGCAUUUUUAAGGCUAUUGACUCAUCUCUAGUGAGGCGUGGCCGUGGCACCAACUCACACAGUGUUGCUGUUGCCUGUCCUCUGAAAUCAAAGCAAUAUUAUCCCUGUUCUCUGCUCCAGGGAGCUGUCAUUUCUAUAGAAAUUAGAACCUGUCUGAUUUCCAGAUGAAGUUUUACAAUUGUUAUUUACACCUAUGUGCACUAAGUUGUGUCUUUGUUUUUAACCAGAGGCGGCUGACUCUGCAGCCUUAGGGCAAUUUUCUAAUCACCCCAACUAGAACACAGAUCAUGUGAACAAACCGCUCAGCAAUAAUCCGCUCUCAGAGCAGACCGAAAACUGCUGCCGACUUUCCCCAUUAAGUUGGAUGAUCCCGAGGACUGACCACUGUUAGCUGGAAAGUUACCCAGCUUUUUACUCUAAUCGUAAUGAGGUGACAGUGUUAGCAAGAGAACUUUGGAGAAGCACCCUACCCUAGCCUAUGACACCUUGCUCAGGAUCUCUGUCCCUACUUGGCAAAGAAGGAUGUAGCAGUUACUUUGCUUAUUCCAGAGGAACUUGGACUUGACAGCAGCCUACUAAAUUUGUGUCAAGAAGACAUCCUUUGGACCAAAGCAAACCCCUUUGCACUCGGCUUGGCUUCCAGGGAGAUGCCACAGAUGUGCCCGUUAGCACGGGUUCCUGUCCCCGAGUCAGCAGAAGCUGUCAUCAUGCCCCGUGUUCCUGCUGGGACACCGAGGAAUGAGCUCCCUGGUUUCCAGUGCUAAUCUGGUAAACCAGAGUCCGGAUACCCUUUUUUGUUACUGUUUUCAAAACAUUGAAUUACGAUGACGUACAAGUCUCAAUAAAACUUUUGUAAACAUAAUAGGA